AUGAGCAAGAAGAUGUCAGGGGAGGAGGAGGAGGAGUUUUAUCUGUUCAAGAACAUCUCCUCAGUGGGGCCUUGGGAUGGGCCUCAGUACCACAUUGCCCCUGUCUGGGCCUUCCGCUUACAAGCAGCUUUCAUGGGCUUUGUCUUCUUCGCAGGGACACCACUCAAUGCCAUGGUGCUAGUGGCCACACUGCGCUACAGGAAGUUGCGGCAGCCACUCAACUACAUUCUGGUCAACAUAUCCCUGGGGGGCUUCCUCUACUGCAUCUUCUCUGUCUUCAUUGUCUUCAUCACUAGCUGUCAUGGAUAUUUCAUCUUUGGUCGCUAUGUUUGUGCUUUGGAGGCCUUCCUGGGCUGUGCGGCAGGUCUUGUGACAGGAUGGUCACUGGCCUUCUUGGCCUUUGAGCGCUACAUUGUCAUCUGUAAGCCCUUCGGCAACAUCCGCUUCAGCUCCAAGCACGCACUGAUGGUGGUCCUGGCUACUUGGGCCAUCGGUAUUGGCGUCUCCAUCCCACCCUUCUUUGGCUGGAGCCGGUUCAUGCCUGAAGGCCUGCAGUGUUCCUGUGGCCCUGACUGGUAUACGGUGGGCACCAAAUAUCACAGCGAGCACUAUACAUGGUUCCUCUUCAUCUUCUGCUUCAUCGUGCCCCUUUCCCUCAUAUGCUUCUCCUACUCCCAGCUGCUGGGGGCCCUCAGAGCUGUUGCAGCUCAGCAGCAGGAGUCAGCUACAACCCAGAAGGCUGAGCGGGAAGUGAGCCGCAUGGUGAUUGUGAUGGUGGGAUCCUUUUGUCUUUGUUACGUGCCCUAUGCUGCCUUGGCCAUGUACAUAGUCAACAACCGUAACCACGGGCUGGACUUGAGGCUUGUCACCAUUCCUGCCUUCUUCUCCAAGAGUGCUUGUGUCUAUAAUCCCAUCAUCUACUGCUUCAUGAAUAAGCAGUUCCGCGCCUGCAUCAUGGAGAUGGUGUGUGGGAAGUCCAUGGCAGAUGAAUCUGACGUGUCCAGCUCCCAGAAAAUGGAAGUUUCUACUCUUUCUUCUAGCCAAGUUGGCCCCAACUGAGGAGCCCGUGCUGGUUUGUUUGCAGCAACUAGAAUUUUACAUUUAA